ACGUACGUGCGUGCGUGCGUGCGUGCGUGCGUGCGUGCAUGCGUGCGUACGUACGUGUGUGUCGUGUUCGACGCGUUCGACUCGCGUGUCUCGCGGAUCUCGGCUCGGCAUCGUGUUGUUCCCGCGUACGGCGGGAGCGUCCGCAAACGUAGGAUGGCUACGGAGUCUCGCGUGACUGGCAACACGAAACCCCUGGUGCCGCUGUUCACGAAGGCGUCCGACUGCGUGCACACCAGCUGCUACUGCGAGGAAAACGUAUGGAAACUCUGUCAAGAUGUAGCGACCAGACAUCCGUCUGAAUUACAAUAUUGUCAUGUUGCCUUCAUAAGCAACCCACGACGAAGCGUUCCUCUGUGGCGUCAGCGGGCUGGAAAGGACGAGGACAAAUUAGUCGUAUGGGAUUACCAUGCCAUUCUCAUCUACGCGCCCGACGAAAGGGCGGUGGUGUACGAUUUAGAGAGUUCUCUGCCGUUUCCCACACACUUCUGGAAAUACGCCACCGAAACCUUUCGAUCCGACGAAGCGUUGCGGCCCGAGUAUCACAGAAGGUUCCGCCUGGUGCCCGCUAGCGUAUACUUGCAACAAUUCGCGUCAGAUCGACAUCACAUGAAACGCGAGGAUGGCACAUGGAUAAAAACACCGCCGGAUUAUCCACCGAUCUCGACACCAACGUGCAAGGAUAAUCUCGACUCGUUUAUCAACAUGGAACAGGGAACCGGGCUAGGCGUUGUAAUGAGUUUGAAACAAUUAGUCAACCGAUUUUAUAGGCCAAAUGUUAAUACACAGGCGCCGAUGCCGCCUCAGCCGCAAGCAGCUACAGCGACUUAAUCGGCAGUUAAUGUGAUGUUUGUAUGUGAUGCUUCGAUUAAAGAUCUUGGAAAUCAAUCGUAUGGCCUAAGGGAAUUGGUUCGGUGCACGCACGUUCACGUGGGCUUAAAAAUAUUAAUGAUCGAAAUUUGAUAAUAAUGUUGGUUAAUCACUGCUAAUUCUAGCAAAAUUUUAAAUAUAAAGUCGUUGCAGUUGCAGUCGCAGUAUUUCUACUUGAGCAAUGUUGUGAGCUGGAAUCGAGCGGAUUUCCAAUUUUACGUAGAUUAAACUUAUUGUCGCGCGUGACACUACCGUCACAUCAUGAAUGUUCAGUUUGGAUUUUCAGAUACGUCGCUCUUCACGCGACGAUUAAAUAUUCUUCAUUGAUUUCUUCGCCGUGCGAAGAAUCUUAUCUUAUCUUGGAUAUAAACGUACUAGUUGUAUUAUGUAUGUAUGCAUCGAUUAUUUAUCAUUAAUAUAAUAGUCACGAAUAUUUGAUAUUAAUGUUGGUUCCAGAGAUAUAAAUAUUUAAAGUUUCACAACAAAAAGUUAUUCGUAAUCAAAACUUGCGUAUAUAUAUUAUACACACACACACACACACACACACACACACCGAUCACUGAAACAGGCACUUUUGUAAACAUGAUGUAGAAAUGGUUACCUAUUAAGGUCAUUCUACAAUGAGGUUGUAGUAGUAUGCAGUAGGCAAAUUGACCAAUCACGAUCGAUUGUUCUCAUUACGAUCGAAGAAUAAUCGACUGUGAUUGGUCAAUUUGCCUACUGCAUACUACUACAACCUCAUUAUAGAAUGACCUUUACUCUCCCGUCCCAGUCAGAGUGAUUUAACUUGUGCCGCGCAAGAAGAACGAUUCUGCUGAGCUGCUUUCUAAAUACUCUCGAUAAGUGCUUAUUACCUAUUAUCUGUAUCAAUGGACUCCGUCGAAAUCCAUUUCCUCUCUUCUUCUAAAGCCUCCUCCUUCGCAGAGUUUAUCCGGGGCGGGACACCCCUUCCCGCCGGCGAGGCGAGGCAGCUACGAGGCAGUUACGCUCGAUCGCGUUCAAAACUCGAAUCGUGUUUUAUAUAAGUAAUAAUUCGUCUUCAUGCCACAUAAAGCGAUCUUUCUCACGGCUUUACUCUGUCAGUGGUGUUAUUAUAAUUAUUGUGUCAAAGACUGAUGUAUUUACACAGAGAGUUAUCCGACUUGAUAGAGAUCCCUUUAUCGUUCGUGUCGGCGCGUGUUCGAUGCGCGGGAUGCGAUUAAAGCGCUUAUAAUUACUGUGCGAUCGAUGUAGUAAGGUCAAGAAGUCUUUAAUCUUUGCGACGAUAAUGUAAUUAUUACAUACGAUUAUUGUAAUUCUUGUGAUACUUUACACUUUCUACUUUGAAUACCUAUGCUUGAAUACUUAUCUACUGUUUGUACUAAAAGCCGAUUCUUAAGAGAUACAUGUUCGCUUGUUGAGCGGCUUCUCUAAUUGGCGUAUUAACGCGAAUGGACAUGUGACCACGUGUUAACAUCCAAGAACCUGUUGACUCAAUGAACGCACGUUGCUUCAGCGGCGAUAUUGGCGCAAGUUUUACAACGAAAACUUGAAUUCUCUAUCUGUUCUUCAAGGAUUAGCGAUACGCGUUUCUUGCAUCUCCGUUAUGAUGUUACAUGUUUGUUACUUCUUAAUUUUACUCACAGCAGAUAAUGAACAGAUCAUUAAACUUGUGCACAAUCUAAAAUAACGUUUUAGAAUAUUUUCUCUUAUUAUACUGUACACUGUACAAAACUUCUGCAUUCUUGCGGACCGACGCUCUAUCAACUCUUUGCGUUUCGAAGAUGAGUCAAAUACUAAACAAA